AUGAAGAAGAUUGAAAACAACAAUACCCUCGUGUUCAUUGUGGACAUGAAAGCAAACAAGUGCCAUAUUAAGCAGGCUGUCAAAAAACUCUACAACAUUGACAUGGCAAAGGUCAACUGGCUCAUCAGGUCUGACGGUGAGAAGAAAGCCUAUGUCUGCCUUGCUCCAGACUAUGAUGUGCUAGAUGUUGCCAACAAGAUUGGUAUCAUCUAA